UUGGUGCACUGACUCGUGUGUAAUUCCAUGACCCAAGAUAUCCCAGGGAAAAGGAUGAGCGAGAACAAGAAGCAGGCGGCGGCAGCCGGGGACAAGGAGCAGUUCAGAGAGCUCUUCCCGCAGAUUGUCAAGGACCUGACAGAGGAUGAGCUCCAUCAGGUGGAAGUGGCCGAUGCCGUCGCCAGGCUGAAGAAGGUCCUAGAAUACAAUGCCUUCGACCAGCCACAAAAUUGUGGGCUGACUGUGGUGUCUGCCUUCCGGGCAUUGGUAGGGCCGGACCAGCAGGAUCAGAAGAGCGUCUUUCGUGCUUUGGCCAUCGGCUGGUGCCUUGAGCUGUUUCAGGCCUUUUUCUUUGUAUCAGAUGACAUCAUGGACCACUCAGUGACACGCGAUGGACACCCCUGUUGGUACAAAAAGGAAGGAAUUGGCUUGGAUGCUGUGAACGACGCUUUCUUGCUUGAGGCCUGCAUCUACCAGCUGCUGAAGCGAUACUGCCGGAAUCAGCCGUACUACGUAAACCUGCUGGAGCUGUUUCUCCAGGCAUCGUUCGAAACUGAACUGGGGCAAGCCCUGGACCUUAUCACUUCAUCCCCAUCUCAGGUGGAUCUGAACCGCUUCACAGAGCAGAGGUACAAGGCGAUAGUCAAGUACAAGACGAGCAUGUUUUGUUUCUACAUCCCAGUGGCAGCUGCUAUGUACAUGGCUGGCAUAGAUAGUGAAGAAGAGCAUGCUUAUGCCAGGGCCAUCCUAAUGGAGAUAGGGGAGUUCUUCCAGAUCCAGGAUGAUUUCAUCGACUGCUUCGGUGAUCCUGAGACGGAGACUGGGACCGACAUCCAAAGCAACAAGUGCAGCUGGCUGGUGGUGCAAUGCUUAAAGCGGGCCUCGGUGGAGCAGAGGCGCCUCCUCGAGGAGAACUAUGGACAAAAGGACCUGGACAAAGUGGCACGUGUGAAGCAACUCUAUGAGGAGUUGGACCUCAAAGCUGUUUUCAAGGACUAUGAGGAGAGCAGCUACCAGCGGGUGUCAGGCCUUAUUACCCAGCACGCCACGCACCUACCCCCUCAGAUUUUCCUUGACCUAGCCCAAAAGAUUUACAAGAGGCAAAUGUGACAGGCUCGGCCAUCAAGAAGGAAGCCAGCCUGUAGCUACCUCUUGUUGUCUCUUACUUGCCUGGACUUCCGGCGUCAAAUAGUGGAACUGCAAAGAUAUUUUUAAUUCAUGGAUUAAUGUAGAAAGGGGGUGGGAGUCAGAGUGGAAUGGAUGUUCAAGCUAGAGAAAAGAGUAUGU